AUGGCAGAGCCGGGCCCGGAGCCGGGGCGCGCGUGGCGACUGCUGGCCCUGUGCGGGGCUGCGGUGUUUCUGGCGGCAGCCGCGGCCGGAGGGGCACUGGUGGCCUGGAACUUAGCGGCCUCGACGGCCCGGGGCCCCCGCUGCCCUGAGCCCGAGCAGGUAAACGCCACGACGUGGCCCCCCGACUCGGCGCCCGAGGUCGAAGACCUUCGGCGGCGGCUGGCCGAGGCUGAGCAGCGGCGGGAGAGCCUGGCCGGGCAGCUGCAGCGCGCAGAGGGCGACAGGAGGGAGCUGGAGGCGGCGCUCGAAGCCUGCAAGGACCGCCAGAGCCGGCUUCAGACCCAGCUGAAGACCCUGAAGAUUGAGGUGGAUGAGGCCAAAGCCCGAGGCACGCAGAUGGGGCUGGAGAACGGGAAACUGACAGAAGCCCUGGAGCGCUGGGAGGCAGCAGCCACUGAGUCCAAGCAACAGCUGGAAGCGGCUCUGCAGCGCGCAGGCGCAGCAGAGGCAGACGGCGAAGCUUGCGUCGGCCGCGAGGUGGCGCUGAGGGAGCGCAAUUACGCCCUGGAAGCCGAGCUCCGCCGCCUGCGCAGGGCCCCGCGCCCCCGCCCCCGCUCAGGAUCCAGGUCCAAACCCAGCAUCCGCUCCCACCCGAGGUCUGGGCCCACUAAGGGCUGCCGGAGGCCACCUCGUGACCCCCAGUAG